AUGGGUGUUUCAUUUUAUAAUCAAAAUCCAUUCGCAACACCAGCAAAAGUCAGCAAGAAUCACAGAAAACUCAAAAGAACUUCCUCUAUAUCGUACAUCAUUAUGGAUAAACAGAUAUUUAAUAUUGGUAGACUUAUAGAUUUUCAAUGGAAGUUAGGUGUUUCAGUAUCAUCUAAUAAAUGCGAAGAGUUAAAUACACCAUUCAUCUCUGUAUUCCUAAAGGUUCUUGACACAAACAAUCAAACUAUUUCACAAUCAUUCGAAUUAACAUUACCUGAAUUUCAAGAUUUUGCACAACAAUUUAAAGAUAUGUCAGCUUUGAUGGAAUCAUUAUAA